AUGAAUGUGAACCAGGUUGUGGAGAAUCUGGCUUUGAGCCAACAUGAAGAACUAGAGGAUUUGCCAAAAAACUACCCCUUGAGUGAGAAUGAAGAUGAGGAGGACAGUGAUGGAGAGAGAAAGCAUCAAAAGCUUCUGGAAGCAAUCAGUUCCCUUGAUGGAAAGAAUAGGUGGAAAUUGGCUGAGAGGUCUGAGGCUAGUCUGAAAGUGUCAGAGUUCAGUGUCAGUUCUGAAGGAUCAGGAGAAAAGCUGGUCCUUGCAGAUCUGCUUGAGCCUGUUAAAACUUCAUCUUCUUUGGCCACCAUAAAAAAGCAACUGAAGAGAGUCAAAUCAAAGAAGGUGGUGGAGUUACCUCUUAACAAAGAAAAGAUUGAACAGAUCCACAGAGAAGUAGCAUUCGGUAAAACCUCACAAGUCCUCUCCAAAUGGGACCCUAUCGUCCUGAAGAACCAGCAGGCAGAGCAGCUGGUUUUUCCCCUGGGGAAGGAGCAGCCAGCCAUUGCUCCCAUUGAACAUGCGCUCAGUGGCUGGAAGGCAAGAAGUCCCCUGGAGCAGGAAAUUUUUAACCUCCUCCGUAAGAACAAGCAGCCAGUGACAGAUCCUUUGCUGACUCCCAUGGAAAAGGCCUCUCUCCGAGCCAUGAGCCUGGAAGAGGCAAAGAUGCACCGAGCAGAGCUUCAGAGGGCUCGGGCUCUGCAGUCCUACUAUGAGGCCAAGGCUCGAAGAGAGAAGAAAAUCAAAAGUAAAAAGUAUCACAAAGUCAUGAAGAAAGGAAAGGCCAAGAAAGCCUUAAAAGAGUUUGAGCAGCUGCAGAAGGUUAAUCCAACUGUGGCAUUGGAAGAAAUGGAAAAAAUUGAAAAUGCCAGAAUGAUGGAAAGAAUGAGCCUUAAGCACCAAAACAGUGGGAAAUGGGCCAAGUCAAAGGCAAUUAUGGCCAAAUAUGACCUAGAGGCUCGCCAAGCUAUACAGGAACAGUUGGCCAAGAGCAAAGAACUGACACAGAAACUCCAGGUAGCCUCUGAGAGUGAGGAAGAGGAGGGAGGCACAGAAGAAGUGGAAGAACUCCUUGUCCCUCAUGUAGUGAAUGAAGUGCAGAUGAAUGUGGACGGACCGAAUCCCUGGAUGUUCAGGAGCUGCACCAGUGACACCAAAGAGGCUGCAACACAGGAGGACCCUGAGCAACUGCCAGAGCUUGCGGCUCAUGAGGUUUCUGAAAGUGAGGCAGAAGAAAGGCCAGUGGCAGAGGAAGAAAUUUUGUUGAGAGAAUUUGAGGAGAGGCAGUCCCUUAGAAAAAGAUCUGAGCUCAACCAGGAUGCUGAGCCAGCAGGCAGUCAAGAAACAAAAGAUUCUAGCAGCCAGGAGGUGCUGUCCGAAUUGAGGGCACUCUCUCAGAAAUUGAAGGAAAAACAUCAGUCCAGGAAGCAAAAAGCAAGUUCAGAGGGGACUGUUCCCCAGGUCCAGAGAGAGGAACCUGCCCCAGAAGAAGCGGAGCCCCUAUUGCUACAGAGGUCAGAGAGAGUACAAACUCUGAAAGAGCUAGAAGAGCUGGGAAAAGAAGAUUGUUUUCAAAAUAAGGAGCUUCCCAGACCUGUGUUAGAAGGGCAGCAGUCAGAGAGGACCCCAAAUAAUUGGCCUGAUGCCCCUAAGGAGAAGAAAGAGAAGGAGCAACUGAUCGACCUACAGAACUUCCUAACCACACAGUCUCCUUCCAUGAGGUCUUUGGCAGUUCCCACAAUAAUAGAGGAGCUGGAAGAUGAAGAGGAGAGAGACCAAAGGCAGAUGAUAAAGGAAGCUUUUGCUGGGGAUGGUGUCAUCAGAGAUUUCUUGAAAGAGAAGAGGGAAGCUGUGGAGGCGAGUAAGCCAAAGGACGUGGACCUGACACUACCUGGCUGGGGCGAGUGGGGUGGUGUGGGCCUAAAGCCCAGUGCCAAGAAAAGAUGCCAGUUUCUCAUUAAAGCCUCUGUGGGUCCUCCAAGAAAAGAUAAGAAUUUGCCAAAUGUGAUUAUCAGUGAGAAGCGCAACAUCCACACAGCAGCUCAUCAGGUACAAGUGCUUCCAUAUCCAUUUACCCACCAUCGGCAAUUUGAAAGGACCAUCCGGACCCCUAUAGGAUCCACAUGGAAUACCCAGAGGGCUUUCCAAAAGCUGACUACUCCCAAGGUCGUCACCAAGCCAGGCCAUAUCAUUAAGCCAAUAAAAGCAGAGGAUGUGGGCUACCAGUCUUCCUCAAGGUCGGACCUGCCUGUCAUACAGAGGAAUCCAAAACGAAUCACCACACGUCACAAUAAAGAAGAAAAACUGUAGGUUGAGUAGCUGGAGAAGUGACAGCCAGGACCCCUGUUUCCACUUCCUUUGGUCCAGUUUUACUCUGCUACAGGGCGGAUUCCAAAACUGGCUCAGCACAUUGCAUGUAGUUGAGCCACAUUUUUUAAAAAAAGAAAAUGGAUGACCAUUAAUUGACUAGCAUUUUAGAAUUGAUCAGACAUUAGAACACAGAAAAAUUCUGGUACAUUUAAAUUCUAAACAAUACAGUGGAUGACCCUUUUGAAUAUACCUAAUAAUUUCCUUAAGAAAUUUUAAACAGACUUGUUUAAUGGUGUUCUCAAAGCACACAGUCAAGAGGUGGGACUGACUGAUGCUUUAUAGGUAUGUGUAGGGUGGUAGAGGCCAAGGUGCUGCCAGCAAUCCUUUCCAUACUAGGUACUGGUGAAAAUUGUUUUUGUGUAUGCUGUCAGCACAUUUGUGGGGGUCUCUCAUUAUCCCUUAACAGUGCCACAUCUCAGCCUGGAAGUCAGCUUUAAGUCAUGCAAGAGAACCCCAGGUUGUUUUUCUGACAGUGAUGAUAUUAUAUACAGAUACAUCCACAGGGUAUCUAUUACCAGCAUAAUGCAUUGUAAGAUGUCAAGGUGGCAUUUUGAAAAGAGCGCUGGGCAAGCAGUUAGCAUAUCUGGGCCUACCUUCAGCUUCAUCAUUUACAAACUUCUGACCUUUUGACACUAAAGCUGCUCCUUUAUCUUUCUGAGUCUCAGAUUCUUCAUCUGUAAUCUGGAGUUGUUAAUUCCAGUCCUUACUACCUUUUAGAGUUGGAAUGAGAUGGAAAGUAGAUGAAACUACUUUGAAAAUUAUGACAGUUAAGGGCCGGGCGUGGUGGCUCACGCCUGUAAUCCCAGUACUUUUGGAGGCCGAGGUGGGUGGAUCAUGACGUCAGCAGUUGAGACCAGCCUGAACAACAUGGUGAAACCUUGUCUGUACUAAAAAUACAAAAAAAUUAGCUGGGCCUGGUGGCAGGCACCUGUAAUCCCAGCUACCUGGGAGACUGAGGCAGGAGAAUUGCUUGAAACUGGAAGGUGGAGGUUGCAGUGAGCCAAGAUUGUGCCACUGCACUCUAGCCUGGGCAAUAAGCAAAACUCCAUCCCCCAAAAAAAAAAAAUUAUGAGAGUUAAAGGUAACAUUACAUACUAAAUGUCUUCUAUAAUCCUAUCUUUAUUAAUGCAUUACAACUCUGUAGAUUGUUAGUUACUAGGCCAGUAGCUAGGAAUUGGUAUAAAUUUAAUGCACCUUCUAUCCUGAAUAACUAGCAUGGAAAAGUGAAUAUAUGUGUGAGCAGAUAUGGCUAUAAAGACCUAUAGCUUUUGCAUUUUAUGCAUAAUCCUUUCUAGUUCAGUGAAUUGACCCCAUCCACAGCCUGAUUCAUCUUUGUGUUAAGGAGCAAAUGAAAGGGUGUAUUAUUCCUUUGCAGUCUCCUCUCAGUCAUUCAUCAAUGUGGCCAGCUUAUCUACUCCCAAUUAUGUUGUUAAUACAUCUCCAAGCCAUCUGUCAUCAGAUCAAAAAGCAGCAAACAGAGGGUCAGUCACAGGAUGUUCUGACACACCAUUGUAACUUUGUGUUAGAGAUGAUCCCAUUUAGAAAAAGACUGGUAGAAAUUGGAGUGAAAGGAACCCUACAGAUUAGCCCAGUUCUCUCUUAUUUUCAGCUUUACAGACAAGAACAAUUUAAAUCUAAAGAAUUUAGUAGAUUCCUUCAGUGUCACAAAGCUGUUUCAUGAAAGAAUCAAGAUUAUAACCUGGAUAUUCUGACUCCUGGCCCAGUGCUUUUUCUUACUUUGUAGCUACACUUUGAAGUAAGAUUGAAACUGUUAUCCACUCAAUUGCCUUAUUCCUGAGGAUGUAGUGAAGGAAGAAAAAGUUUCCUGGAAUUCCGUAAACUAUAUUUUAAUCUUAUUUCUUCAAAAUUAUUUUCAUAUAUCACAGAUAUAUCAUUGGAAGAUAUAAUUUGCAUAUAUGUUCAUUAUCAGUGUUCCUAAUAUGGUAUUACAUGUAUUCUAUUUUUUUCUGAAUGAUAGCAUGAAAAGUGUCAAAGUGGUUUGUCCACUAGCGUCUGUCUGCAGAACUUUCAGGAUGACUAUUAAUUCCUCUCAGAUGUCAUUUUUGAGUGGUCCAAGCCUGCUGUUUUGAACCCACAGCAGUGGAGAUUUGUAUUCUUAUUUACAGUUGUGUACUAUAAAGUGUGUGUUACAUAAGUUUUGUGUAAUAGUUAUUUGUAAAUAUUAUUUAGAUUUGUAUUUAGACAUGAUUUAUAUCUAAUAGAUACAAAGUCUGUGUCUAAAUAUUAUUUAAAGAAGUGAUUUUUCAUUCUCUUGGAUUCUUUCCAGUGUGGUGCCUUUUAUAUGCCUCACAUAGUCUCCUUUUUCUCCUACUAAUAUUCCCAAGCUCCAUAUGCCAAUUAAAGAAGAAAGAAAAAUAAAAGUUUGUCUUGCUUGUGAAACAUUAA